AUGUCACAACCAGAGCCUAAUCCCUUUAUUAUAUUUGCUACUGUUGCAGCAAUAAUCUCUUCAGCUGUAGCAUAUUAUUUCUUUCAAUUAAGCAGAAAGAAUGCUCCAGUUUUAAAGCCAAAUGAUUUCCAAAAGUUUCCAUUGAUUGAAAAAACCAGAGUUUCUCACAACACAUGCGUUUACAGAUUCGGGUUACCACGGUCCACCGACAGAUUAGGUUUGCCAAUUGGCCAACAUAUUGCUAUUGGAGCAACUAUUAAUGACAAAGAGGUGGUUAGAUCUUACACUCCAAUCUCCACCGAUGAUGAAUUAGGAUACUUUGAUUUAUUGAUCAAGGCUUAUGAAAAUGGUAACAUUUCAAGACACGUUGAGUCCAAGAAGAUUGGGGAAACCAUCGAUAUCAGAGGACCAAAGGGAUUCUUCACCUACACCCCAGGUAUGGUUGAAUCGUUUGGAAUGAUUGCUGGUGGUACCGGUAUUACUCCAAUGUACCAGAUUUUGACCGCGAUUUUGAGAAACCCAGAAGAUAAGACUAAGGUCAGCUUGGUGUACGCUAACGUGACUGAAGAUGACAUUUUGUUGAAAGAAGAAUUGAACAAGAUGGCUAGAGAACACCCGGACAGAUUUAAGAUUUAUUACGUUUUAAACACCCCUCCAGAAAACUGGACCGGUGGUGUCGGUUUCGUUACUCCAGAAAUUAUGGAUAAGCACUUACCAAAGGCUUCUGAAGCCACAAACUUAUUAUUAUGUGGUCCUCCACCUAUGAUUAGUGCAAUGAAGAAGGCUGCCGUUGGCUUAGGCUACCAGAAGGCAAAGCCGGUCUCAAAAUUAGGCGAUCAAAUAUUCGUUUUCUAA